CUGAGAGUCUCUUUGCAGAUCAGGGAAUGAAGCAGAAGUUGCAGAUUUCUGUUGCGUUUUAUAUUGAGGAAUGGCUCUUCUUUUAGUUGGCUGUUAAAAAAGGUCUGACAGAAGAGAGGGAAAGACAGCUUCAUAGUGGGACCGUGUUCUUUCCUUGGAAGUUACAGCUGCCGUGAGCCCAUCUCCCUCGGAAAUGGCAACAAGCAGCUUUCCCUUUGUACCCUGUGACACCAAACGGGCAUCCAGACCACUUGGAGCAUCUGCUGUGGGCAGUUCAUCAGCCAAGGUGGAUCUCAAGAGUGGUCUGGAAGAGUGUGCAGAGGCAUUGAACUUAUUUCUAAGUAACAAAUUUAAAGAUGCCUUGGAAUUGCUUCGUCCGUGGGCCAAGGAGAGCAUGUACCAUGCUUUGGGAUACAGUACCAUUGUGGUGUUGCAGGCUAUUAUGACCUUUGAGCAACAGGACAUCCAGAAUGGCAUUUCUGCCAUGAAGGACGCUUUGCAAACCUGCCAAAAAUACAGAAAGAAAUGCACAGUUGUAGAGUCUUUCUCAAGUCUCCUCUCUCGUGGGUCCCUGGAACAACUGAGUGAAGAGGAAAUGCAUGCCGAAAUCUGUUAUGCUGAGUGUCUCCUACAGAAAGCAGCACUCACAUUUGUGCAGGAUGAAAAUAUGAUCAACUUCAUCAAAGGUGGACUCAAAAUUAGAACAAGUUACCAAAUAUAUAAAGAGUGCCUUUCUAUUCUGCACGUAAUUCAGAAAAACAAACAUGAGCAGAACUUCUUCUAUGAGUUCGAAGGAGGUGUCAAGCUUGGAACAGGGGCCUUUAAUUUGAUGCUGUCUCUUUUACCAGCAAGAAUUAUCAGAUUGCUAGAGUUUAUUGGAUUUUCUGGAAACAGGGACCUGGGCCUUCUGCAGCUACGGGAGGGUGCGUCCGGAAGCAGCAUGCGGUCCCCACUCUGCUGUCUUACCAUCCUGGCUUUUCAUACCUAUAUCUCUCUGAUUCUCGGCACAGGAGAAGUGAACGUUAUGGAAGCAGAGAGCCUCCUUGCACCCUUCCUUCGACAGUUCCCAAAUGGCUCGCUCAUACUGUUCUACCACGCCCGAAUCGAGCUGCUGAAAGGCAACGUUGAAAAUGCUCAAGAAACGUUUCGAAAAUGCAUUUCAGUUCAAGAAGAGUGGAAACAGUUUCACCAUCUCUGUUACUGGGAAUUAAUGUGGAUUUGUAUAUACCAACAAAAUUGGAUGCAGGCGUAUUAUUAUUCAGACCUACUUUGCAAAGAGAGUAAAUGGUCCAAGGCAACCUAUGUGUUUUUGAAAGCUGCCAUUUUGAGCAUGCUUCCAGAGGAGGAUGUGGCAACCACUAAUGAGAAUGUGGUGGCUCUGUUCAGACAGGUAGAUGGCUUGAAGCAGAGGAUCGCUGGGAAAUCUCUCCCAACUGAGAAGUUCGCUGUGAGGAAGGCACGUCGGUACUCACCCUCCUCAGGUGCCCCAGGGAAGCUUGUCUUGCCAGCCCUGGAAAUGAUGUAUGUCUGGAAUGGCUUUUCAAUAGUGGCCAAAAGGAAGGACCUUUCUGAAAACCUCUUGGUGACUGUGGAGAAGGCUGAGGCAGCUUUGCAAAAAAAUCAGAACUUUGCUGACUCUGUGGAUGAUGAGUGCUUGGUAAAAUUACUGAAAGGAUGCUGCCUCAAGAAUUUACAGCGGCCCUUGCAAGCUGAGCUGUGUUUCAACCACAUUAUGGAAAGUGAAAAGCUACUGAAGUAUGACCACUAUCUGGUGCCAUUCACUCUGUUUGAGUUGGCAUUUUUGUUUAAAAGCCAAGGGGAAAUUGACAAAGCCAUAAAGGCCCUAGAAACUGCAAGAAACAACUACAAAGAUUACUCCUUGGAAUCUAGACUACAUUUCAGAAUUCAAGCAGCCCUUCAUCUUUGGAAAAAGCCAUCCUCAGACUGAUCGGAAUGAAUGCACAGGAUGGAAUUACCACCAGUUAACAUGGACUCUUGCUAUGGAGAUCAGUCCUGGCCAAGGUGGAAACAUAAGGGAAACUAUUGUCAGGCAUUUCCUGUCUCCUGAGUGGCUUACUGUUGGUCUACAUAUUUUCCCCUAUGGAAUGGCAUUCCAUAUUGUAUAGAAAUUCUUAUACUCUGCCUUUAAAAAGAAUUUCACAUUAGAUUUCAAUUGAGGGGUAGUCUUUUAAAAGACUGACAGGUACAAUAAAGUCUAGUUAGAUUAUUUAUUUUUUUAAUGUGAAAAUUAAUAUUGUUCAAGUAGAAAAUGGCUUUAUAAGCUGAGCCGUUUUUUAGAUUGGCUUGUCCUUUAAACUUCAGAGAUAUUUUAUUGCUUAGUAUUUAGAUCUCAGAGUGGAAAAUAAUAUCACAUCUAAAGUAAUAUAGCAGUGGGUUUCUGAAAGUUCUGGAAGAGAGAGGCAGAGGGCCUGAGGGGUGGAGUAUUCCUAGGCUGAAGGACCACUUCUGUACGAGAUGAUGCAGUCGUCAGCUCAUGGGUUUCCAUCCUCAAGCAGUUGCAAUGGUGAUGUUUUUCAGAAAGGAUCCUGUAUUUGAAUGUACUCAUAUCUGGUUCAGUAAUAGCAUUCAGUAUCUAUGGGAAGAAAAAGCUGUAUUCUAGAACUCUCUAACCUUAGUGCUGAGCCUGAAAUAUAGACUAUGACUGCCUUUCUUAUAGGAAGGAAAAGUCCCUGUUGCUUUAAAUGACAUGUAAAACAUCAAUCAUUUUUACAGUUAGGAUGUGGCUGGCCCAGUGCUAAUGGUUUUUUUUUUUUUUCUCUUUCCAUUUUUUUUUUUCUUUCUGGGCUGUGUUUUAGUUCUCUGAAUAGGAUACAAAACCAGAGCAUGGAGCUGGAUGAGCCAGGCUCUGCUGCUGGUGAGCAGAUGGCCUUUCUAGAGUUCCCAUAUCUGUCAAUCACUGUGUCUUCUUCAUUUGAGAACUAGAAAAGGAACAGGUGACAUUAAUGGUCUCUUUGAGUUUUAGAACCGUGAAUCUCUUGUUUUUUAGGUAUUUUCAACAAUGUUUAGCAUUUAAUCUACACUCUUCCCAUUUAGAAUGUUUUGUAGUAUUUUUUUAACCCAUACCCUGUCUUCCCAAUCCUAAUAGUAGGUGUUACAGCUAAGGGCCAGAUUCCAUCUAGUGAGGAAAACACUUCAUGAGUCCAUGAAUCUGGGUUUUUGUCCUGGUUACCUGUCUAGGUGGUAAUGGCUCCACCUUUCCCAGGCAGAGCCCUAGGUUUGUAGUUAGGAGUCCCUGUGUGUUGGUGAAUAGUUAACAACACAAAACAAAUAACUUAGCCUUUCUAAGACUUGGGUUUUCUGGUGGGAAUGGCUUAAGGUAGCACUCCGUGCUCUGAGGUCUCGGUUAGAUUGUGCAUUUUGUAGCUUUCUGUAACCUGGGGAGGCUGUAUACAUUUGUGUGAGUCUGAUAAUUAUGGCUCUGUGCAUGGAUUACAGAACCUAUAAAAAAAAAGUAUCAGCUGCAUCUUCAGUCUCUGCUGUAAAAUGAAAUGAAUGCAGGCAUUCAGAAACCUUUCAGUUUAUGCAUUUAGCAAUGACAGUGGCCCAGAUUAUGGAGUUGUUCCUCUGUCCCUUACUGCAGUUCCCCAUGCUCAGCAGGCAUUGGAAUUGUGUUACUUAAGGUACCAUUUGACCAAUAUUGAGGAAAUAUUUAUUGAAGAAGGUGAUUAAUACACUUUGAGUGAGAGGACCAUCCCUUCAGAUAACAUGGGAACAGAUAUCAUUAUAUCACAUUACUAUGAAUUAUACAACUAGCUACAGAUGGAAGGGGAAAUAUAUUGUCAUAAUACUAUAGAAAUAUGUUCAAUAAUUAUGUAUAUAUAUAUAACUUUGAAGGAAAGUUUAUAAAUUCUUUAGAAGAGCUUUGACAACAUUAUUUUAAAAACAUAUAUAGUCAUAUUAUUAAAGAAUAUAACUGGGUGUGGUAGCACAUUCCUUUAUUUAAUCCCAGCACUUGGUAGGCAGGCAUAAGUAGCUCUCUGAGUUUGAGGCCAGCCUGGUCUAUGUAAGAGUUCCAGGAUAGUCAGAGCUAUAUAGUUAAACCAUGUCUCCAAAAAAGAAAAACAAAAAGAUUAUAUACCCAUAUUUUCUGAGAAACUGUCAGAGCUCAUGCUCUAUAACAAUAAAUUCCCAUUCUGAUCUGGUAUAAAAUGAGAAAAAAUUAAGCUGAAAAAUGACCAUUUUAGGGGCUAGAGAGAUGGCUCAGCAGUUAAGAGCACUUCCUGCUUCUCUAGAGGACCAGAACUUGUUUCCAUGCAUGUAAGGUGGUUCUCAACUGUGUGUAACUUCAGAAGAUCCAACACCCCCUGCUGGCCUCUGUAGGCACCUGAACAAACACGGCAUAUAUUCACACAGAAGAAACACACAUAUACACAUAGGUAGAUAAUCAUUUUUAAAUGAUGGCGUUUACAUUAUCAAACAAGUUCACCUAUGGCAUUUUUUUGUUUUGUUGUUGUCUUGCUUUUAUUACUCAUAUGCUCUUUCGCAGAUAGCAGUGUUUACCUGGUGGCUUUAUAAAUGCUAUGCAAUAGAAUUAAUGCCACAGAUAUUUAUCUAUUUCCUGUCAUGGUCAAGAUGCUGUACUGGCACCAGUUUCUUCGGAUGUUUGUAAGGGUCAUCUUUUAAAAUCUGUCUUGUGAUUUAGGAUGUUUUGUGGAGAGCAAGUGCCCAAGAGACAACAUUUUAUGUAAUUGUCCAGUGUUCUGAUUGGUGCUUUGUAAAUAUAAAGGUUGUGUUUCAGAGCUUUGGUGAGUAGGAAAGCCUACAAGGUUAAUAACUACACCAACACCUGCGUAUAUUUGAACACUUGCUCUUCCUUCAUAGAAGAUAUGUUCCCAAGUUGCAGAGCACACAGUGCCUUUCCAUCUGUCCUGAGAACAGGAGAAGACGUGGAUAAGCACUACAGGGAUAUAAAUUCUAGAUUCCUAGGAGUGAAGGACAAUCUGUAGCCUUAGAGCAACCCAUUAGUCCAACCAGCUCCUUGGACAGGGGUGAGUUCAGUAGCACUGGGUGACUGUCAUUCCUCCCUGGUGUGAGUGCCUGGGUUAACUGAAUUGGAGGUCAGGUCAUUUUACAAUUUUUGUUUGUUUGUUUUUGUUUUUCAAGACAGGGUUUCUCUGUGCUUUGGAGGCUGUCCUGGGACUCGCUCUGUAGACCAGGCAGGCCUCGAACUCACAGAGAUCCAGUAGAGCCCCAUUCCCUGGGCAAUAAGAAUACUUUAAAAACAGCCUUUAGGACCAAGUGGAAAAAUUAGUUCUGGUAUUAUUCUGGUUAAUUCUGUAGACACUUCAUUUUCCUAUUUCUUUCUUCCCUGUUUUCCCUGUAUUCCCGAGUCACCGAUUCUGGUGCAUUAGUUGAAAUUAGUGAAUGAAGCUUCCAGUGAUUGAAAUCCUAAACGUUUGUAAUUCAUCAGGUCUGGAUCUUAGAAAAUUAUUUCAUCCUUUUCAGCCUUUGAACUUAUUCUUCUUCUGCCCUCCUGUGGCAGGUGUGCUGGCCACCUGUCAGCUGUGGCUGCUGCACUUCUGCAAUGGCCGUAGGUGGUGGGACCUUCCUUCUUGCCUGCUGCAGUUCUCAGAGGCCUCCUGGGUUCUUGCCCCCUGGCAGUCUGACAUUUGCUUGCUGUCUGCUGUGACUGCCCACUCCUCGUCUGUUACAUAUAUAUCAGUUUCAAAUAUCUCUCAGUGGUUUUUCCCCCCAGUUUAAGUGCCCUUAAACUUUCAUUCUUCCCGUGUAUUCCGCAGAUGAACAUUGGUCUUAUCCACCUCAUGCCCCUGUGUGUGUGCCCAUCUAAAAGUUCUUAUUCUUAAGCUUGCUAGCUUAGUUCUAUUUUUUGUAAACUAUCUUUAUAUGCAACAGUAGGUAGGUAGAUUUCAGGAGUAGAGUAAUUUCUGAAAAAUUUAGUGAACCCUUUGUGAUGCUUUUACAUUAUCAACAUGCUGACAUUGACCCUCUUAGCUAGUCCAAUAUAAAGAUUGUUAGGCACAAUUUACCCACUUAAGAUAUAACAUGGAAGAUGAUUUAUCUGAAUUCAAAUAUUUUAAGCCUUCCAGUUGCCUAUUAUGAGUAUUUUGAGUGUGUGUAUUAUGAUAUACAAAAAUAUAAAUUUUAAUCUCUUUAAGCACAUCUUUAUUAGAUACAGUGAUAGAUCUAAUGUAUCAAUAAACUGGUCUAUAGGUAAGUGAUAUAAACCAAUCCAUAUUGGCUAAUCCUUCAUGCCCUUUAAAGAGUGGAAGGAUUUCUCCAAAUUGCUCUUCCAUAGCCCAAUUAUUUACAUAUUUUUCUCUAUGUAUUAGGUUUCUAGAAUCCUGCCUCCCUCGUUCAUAUCUUGGUCUUUUGUACAUUUGCUGUUAGCUUUUAUUACUUUAGAAUAUUGAACUUGAAAUGUAAUGUAAAGGUCCCAUCAGACUCUAUCUUCAAGGAAGAUGGAGUUUGUGUUGAUGAUUACAUCUGAUCUGGACAGAUUUUCCUAUGUGGGGACACAUUUAAGUCCAUUCCAGUCCAUUUACUCAUUACUUCAGAAAGAAGUGACAGAGGAACUUUCUGUGUGUUGAGAUGGCUGAGCAGGUUCUCAGCCUGAACCAUUCAGAGGAUAUAUAGAGUGAGAAGACUAAACCCCAUGCACUCAUGUGUGCAGUGCACAGUGACGUGUUCAGCGCAGUUCUACUGCAACAGGACUGUGUGCAAAGAUCAAAGCAGAUGCCUCACUGUGUUUAAAUAAUAAAGACUUCUGUACAUGCCUGCAGCUUGAAUUAUAUUUUGUCUUAUUUUAUUUUAUUUAUGGUGCUAGAAAGGGCUGGUGUAUGUCUUGUAAGUGCUCCACAACUGAGCCACGUCCUCAGCCCCAGGUUGACUAUCCAGUAGGAAAAAUCAAGGCACAGUAGUAACAGACUUACUGACAGUAAACACAUAGUGCACCUUGUAUGUUAACUAAGUAGUUCUUACACUGUGUAAUCUAGAGGAUGAACUUGGUACGUAUGCAUAUUACAUUGGGUGCACCUUAACUUUUUUUUAUUGCACCUUAACUUUUCUUUUCCCCCUUUAGGACUGAAUUAAAAGUCUUGUUUGUUUGGGUACUAAAAGAAAGUACAAAGAAAUUGUUUUCAAUGGGACAGAACAGACAAUAACAGUAUCUGGAUAACUGAACACAUUAAAGAAUAUUACUUGCAUUUAUUUCUGAAGGAAUUGCAUUAUUUUGAGCUUGAAAUAUACCCAGUUUGAAGGUGUGACACAUUCUGCUUGAGGAAUUAUACAGAUUUCUAACUUCAGUCUUGCCUUUAAUAGAGCAGAGUGCCCAAGUUUUGGAGAUAGUAAAUGAGUAUAGAUAAGUCUUCACAAAUUCCCUUAUAUUCUGAAGUGGGUUUUUUUUUUCUUCUUCUUCUUCCCCAUAAUGGACAGUUACAUGCUUUUUGUAUGGUUCUUCUCUUGCCCACUCCUGUCCCAGGGUACUGGCACACUGCUGAGUAAGCACUGGACCACUGAGCCCCCAGCCCAGGUGAUCUGUAUUUAAGGAAGUAAUUUACAUGAAGAGAGAGAUUGUGGCAAACAUUUUAAAUCUCAGGCUUUGGGUUUUAUUUAACGAUGAAAGAAAAUAUCACUGUUGGGUCCAGAUUAGCCAAGAUUUACAGAGAUAGACAGCGUGUGCCACUGACGUGUGCUGUACAGGAAGGCACUUAACAGUUAACAGUGUGCUGCACUCAGUCACCGUGUCAUGGGGGGGGUGGUUCUACAGCCAGGUGUUUAUCUUUUUCAUCAUUUCUCUUUUUGCUGACUGUUAGCAUCUGAACACCUGAAAGAAUAUUAUCUGUCUCUUUAUAGAUUACUAUUUUAAAAUAUUUAUUUUAGAUGUCCAUAGAAUUCUUAAUUUUUGAUGCAAGUUAUAUACAAAAGCAUAUAUAUAUUUAAUAAUUGAGAUGUAUUAUUUUAUUGUACAACUUAUUUCCAAAGCAUCAAAGCAUUUACUUUGUAGAUGUUUGUCUUUUGAGAAUUUUUUUUUUUUUUUUUUUUGCCUCAAAAAUACAAAAAGUCUUCUCUUCUGACUUGUAAGAGGCCUUCAUGGUAACAUUUGCUUUUCACUUAUUUUUGGCUUAAGCAAAAAUUUGUAAACUAAUUUUGAGUUUCCAGUUGACUCAGUCGGGUUCCCAUCUGUACUUAGGAGUCAGUGUCAUGCUGGUCAGACUUGGAGGUGUCUUGUCUCGACCUCCUUUCCUCAUGGUACUUGAACAUGGUCUUCUGUGUUCAUUCUCAGCCGCCAGUCUUACAGAGGAAACCCACUGUAGAACUUGAAGGGGUUAGGACUCUGUAAAAUGAAUGUGUUAUUAACAUCUAUCUGCUAAUCAAUGGGUUAGGUUCAGGUCCUAGAGAGGGAAAGAGACCAUCUGGAAAGAUUUCAUUAGUCAAGGAGGAAGAAGAAAAGUAUGAACUAUAUUUUUCAUGUGUUCCCAUGAUUUCGUAUGCUGACUUUGUGUUAAUGUUAUCAUCUGUGUUGUGUAAGUGAAUGUAGAAAAGAUUUAAAUUUUCAAUAUGAAGACAACAGUUCCUGUUUCUAUUUUUACAAUUUAGACAGUUUUGAAAACAGAUGUCAUAUUAGAAAUUGUAUUUUUAAGUGCAAAUAAUUUUCUUCUCCUUCCUUUGUACCCUAUAGAAGGCUCUGUGUUAUUAGAUACGGAUUUAAGUUGCCAGAUUGUUUUCAGAAUUCUAUAUUUUCAUAUUGCUGUAACCAGGUUACCUACAAUGUGCAAUUGAUUUGUUAUUUAAAUAAAUGACACUUGGUGGAAUUACA